AUGAGCAAAUUAAUUUGUGUUGCUUUCCUUGUUAUCCCUACUGGCACAUUUUUCGGAUAUGAUCGAUGUCAAGAUGCACCAGUUACCGCAUUAGAAUCUGAAAUUCAAAAAUAUCACUUGGAUGAGAAAUUCAGAAAUGCUUCUUUUUCUCUACGCGCAAUCGAUUAUGAGACAAAAACAUAUAGGGAUAUGAAAUCGGAGGAUAAGAUUA